AUGUCUGACCUGUACAUUUCCACCUCUCCCACAACACCUUCUCCCCUGAUGACCUUACGGGGCCAACAUGGGUUGAUCCCACAUUACGACGACCUUUACGGUGACAGCAACAGUUCCGAUGGGCUUGAUGAUGAUCUCAUGACGCAUUUUCCAUGUCAGCCUGCUGACAAAUAUACAGAACAGAAUACCCCAUAUUUGACCAAUGUGAACACACAUGGACACGAAACCUCAGCUUUGUCUCGUGAUGUCCAAAGUCAUGGACCUACACCUUCCGAUGGGAGUCAUAUGCAUCAUUCUUUAGACCGUGGUCCAACUAUUGAUGCGUCUUUAUCUGCUGAUUGCGUCAGGCUUUUGAAGACCUGGUGCGACAUGGUUAGUAACAAGUUCGGUCUAACCCAGAAGCAGCUCCAAGAUCUUCGUGGAAUCGUUGAUUUCGGUGCUCUUUGCCUGCAGCCUGGUGAUAUCCAGAUCCGGAUUUUUCAACAGGCGGCACUCUAUCAGACAUUUAACACUGUCGCAGCCCAGAAGGUUGAUUAUACUCAGUUUCAGACGGUGCUAGAAGACACACAGAAGCGUCUUGGUGCAAAAUACUCUCUCACAAAGGAGGAAGUGAAUACUGUGAUUACGUUCAUGAAGGAUACUAUCUUCCAAGCUGACCGUACAAGCUAUAUGGAUAUUCAUCUAGACGUUGAGGCUAUCCUGCGCAAGAAGGCAGAGAGCUUAGAUCUACUGCAUAUCUUCAAAUCAGACGUCAAAACUCAAGCAAUCAAAACAGUAAUGACGGACAAGUCCUCAAGUCUUUUCAGAUCAACCAAACCAGAUGGAACAUUGAUGUCGCUAGAUAAAGUUGCGUAUGUCAUUGUGGAAAAGUUUAAAAAGGGUGGUCCAGGAAACAAGUUAAAGGCAGAUUACCAACUUCAUGUUUGUCUCUUGCAUGCCAUUGCUAAUGAGUUCUACAAUGGUAGAUCUGCUGGUGUUCCAUCAUUGCUUCCAUGGUCAGAUGAUGACAAAGAAAACGACAAAGAUCAUGGUGGACAACCCCAGAAACGAGCUCGGACGGACAGUGCAGAUUCGGAGGUGUCGGGUGUAGGUACAGCAUCAGCCAGUGAUAAGGACCUGCAUUUUUGGGAAGCCGUCGAUGCUGUUUUCGUACAGAAACUCAAGGAAUUUGGUGAUGAUCUUCAUAAUAAUAACUGGAAACAAUUCCUUACGACUCUUGUGAAUCAUGACUUCAAGAAGUAUGGCCAUCCCAAGGUUUCGGAUAGCAUUGAACCGAUUCAGCUCCAGAUGGUGACCUCAGCAGCAGUAUUUAGUGGGCCUAGCACUGGCAGUUCCCAAAGUCCAGGAAGUACGGCUGUUGCUCACAGUGCUACAGCUUCCUGUUAUAAUGUCUUUAAAGCAAUAGACAUAGUUUGA